AUGAAAGCCCACAGUGACACUAGCGCUGGAAGUGGAGACGCCAGUGAAGACAGCGAGUGGGGCCCAGACUCAGAGGAAGAAUGCUCAUGCAGUAACGAGAUCCAGACAAGCGACAGUGAAGUUGACGAAGAUCCCAAUACUGUGGCAACUAGCAUCAAUUUGAAUGACGGUGGGCUUCGCGAGCUCGUCACUCGUCUUAUUCAAGAGGAUCCUUGCAACAAGAAGUGCUUGAAGGGGAAAGCCAUGGAGUUGGAACAGUUUCUGUGCUCGCUAUCGCAAAUGACCAGCGGGGAGAAGAAGCAGAGCAUCAUAAUGACGCUGGUAGUCCUAAAAAAAAAAAAGACGGAUACCGUGCUGCGUCAUCGGGAUCAUGGCCUACGUGAGCAAUUUAACCUUUUUCUGUCAUUGAUCGGACAAGUGUGUCGAACGGCGUGGUGCAAGUGUUACGGGAUAUCGACUGCUACAGUUACACGCUACAGGAAGCGUAUUAACGAUGGCAUUUUCUCAGUAAAAGCCCAUGGCAAUCUUCUCAACCAAAAAGCUAGUGCUGUAGAUCUCCGCUGGUUGGUUUCGUGGUUCAAGAGAUUCGCUGUUUCUGUGGGUGAUGUCGUGUCAGUGCGAGUGCGACGUAAAGAAACGAAAGAAGGAGAGAUCAAGAUGUACUACAGUAACGCAGAGUACACACUUUUGCCGGCGUAUUUUACGUGGGACCAAUUGUACACUAAAAUGCACAACUACGUGGAGGAGAUAGCACUACGAGUCCGUGAACCAAGAUCAAGCACGUUUCGCCAAUACCUGACGAAGCUUUGUUCAACUAUUCGAAUUCGCUCUCCACGUUCCAACAUGUGA